AUGGCUGAUGACGGUAGUGAGUUGAACGGACAAAAUGGUGUUGACCCCCCAGGACUGUUAAAUCAACGGCAGCAGUUGAAUCAGCAGAUUAAUCCCGCACCAGCGGCCCACCAGCAGCAGCAAUUUUUCGCUCCCGUUGUGACUACACACCAGCAACAGCAGCCGUUCAUUCCCGUUUCUGCAGCUCAGCAGCAGCUGUUCACAAACAUUCCGCCCCACCAAUCGCAACCCCAGGUCAGCAAUGAUAUGCUCAUGCAAAUAAUGCAGAUGAUGCAACAGACGAUUGCUCAAAGCCAACAGCAGUUUGCUCAAAACCAGCUCCAACACCAACAGCUUAUGGCUCAGCUGGUACAGCGGCAGCAACAGUCCGACGAGCAGCAACAACAGUUUUUUCGUACUAUUGCAUCGUCAAUAAACGUGCAAGUGCCACCGAACCCGGAACAGAUCCUUGACUCCUUGGCAAGCAAUAUCAAGGAAUUCCGGUACGAGAUCGAGAAUAAUGCCACUUUCGCAGUGUGGUACUCUAGAUACGACGAUCUUUUCGAGAAGGAUGCUGCUAGGCUGGAUGACGAGGCAAAAGUUCGUCUCCUAAUGCGAAAGUUGGGUUUAGCAGAGCAUGAGAGGUACGUAAGCUUCAUUUUACCAAAGUUUCUCAAGCAUUUUAGUUUCGCACAGACAGUUGACAAGCUCAAGAGCCUGUUUGGAGCGAAAGAGUCGGUUAUCAGUCGUCGAUACCGAUGUCUGCAAAUCGCGAAGAAUCCUACUGAGGAUCAUGUGGCGUUCGCGUGUAGGGUAAACAAGGCUUGCGUAGAAUUUGAACUGGGAAAGCUCACGGAAGAACAGUUCAAAUGCUUAGUAUACGUGUAUAGUCUGAAAUCGGAGAAUGACGUCGAGAUUCGUACCCGUCUCCUUACAAAAAUUGAGGACAAUAACGACGUUACAUUGGAGCAGCUCUCCGAGGAGUGUCAGCGUCUGUACAACCUCAAACACGACAGUGCGAUGAUUGAGUCUGCAGCACCAUACAACCAAGUGCAAGCGAUACAGAAGUUUGGUGGGAAGCGAUUAGGCGAGCGUGACCGAGAGUCACCACAACUGUCUUCGAGUGCUACCGGAAGGAAGCCAAGUUAUCCUUGUUGGCUUUGCGGUGCAUUACAUUUCGUCCGAGACUGUAGUUACGACAACCAUAAGUGCUCCGAUUGCGGCCAAGUCGGACAUCGUGAAGGAUACUGCGACAGUGCAAAAUCUCGGAAACCUGGAAGCAGACGUAAGAAGCGAGACGUCUCGGCCAAAGUGGUGGUGGUCGACGUAUGCAGCGUGGAGCAGCGACGCAGAUUUGUAUCUGUUGGCCUAUCUGGAACGGAUAUUCGACUGCAACUUGACACUGCAUCUGACAUCACUGUCAUCAGCAGGGAGAGUUGGCAGAAACUCGGUAGCCCUGCGCUUUUGCCAGCAACAGUCAAAGCGAAGACAGCAUCUGGUAACAUUUUGCCACUCGAUGGGGAAUUCGAGUGUGACGUCACAAUCGGAGAAAGUACACGACGUGAUCUGAUCCGUGUUACCGAGAAACAACUACAUCUACUCGGUUCCGAUUUAGUCGAGAGUUUCAACCUUUGGUCCGUGCCCAUGGACACCUUCUGCUGUCACGUGUCAGGCUCUCCUGCGGCACCCGCUGCACUGCAAUCGAUUUUUCCAAACGUGUUCACCGAUCAGCUCGGUUUGUGCAGCAAAACUAAAGUGAAGUUGGAGCUGAAAAAAAGUGUUCGACCCGUCUUCUGCCCUAAGCGCCUGGUUGCGUACGCGAUGUAUGAUGCCGUUGACCAGGAGCUCGACCGACUGGAAAAUUUGAAUAUCAUCACCCCAGUUGAAUAUUCGGAGUGGGCUGCUCCUAUCGUUGUCGUCCGUAAAGCCAAUGGUUCCAUUCGAAUUUGUGGAGACUAUUACACGGGGCUUAACGCUGCGCUCCAACCAAAUCAGUAUCCACUUCCCCUACCGGACGAUAUCUUCGCCAAGCUGACUAACUGUAAGGUGUUCAGCCAGAUCGAUUUGUCCGAUGCUUUCUUGCAGGUGGAAGUCGACGAACAGUACCGUAAGUUGCUAACCAUCAAUACGCAUCGUGGCCUCUACUCCUACAACCGCCUCCCGCCAGGUGUGAAGAUCGCACCUAGUGCCUUCCAGCAGCUCAUCGAUACAAUGCUAGCCGGUCUGCAGUUCACGUGUGGCUACCUCGAUGACGUCAUCGUCGGCGGAAAAACUGAAGAAGACCACGAUCGCAAUUUGCGGGCUGUUCUAAAACGAAUUCAGGAUUUCGGGUUCACCAUUCGAGUCGAUAAAUGCACCUUCCGCAAGCAGCAAGUGCAGUAUGUGGGUCAUAUUGUCGACAGUCGCGGAUUACGUCCAGAUCCGGCCAAAAUCGAAGUGAUAUCCAAGCUGCCGCCUCCAACCGAUGUAUCUGGUGUGCGAUCAUUUUUGGGGGCUAUCAACUACUACGGCAAGUUUGUUCCCAAUAUGCGCAUGUUACGAUAUCCGCUGGACAACCUUCUCAAGGACGAUGCGAAGUUCCAGUGGACUGAUGAGUGCCAGAGAGCGUUCGAGCACUUCAAACAAAUACUCUCCUCGGAUCUACUUCUCACACAUUAUGAUCUGAAGCGGGAAAUCAUUGUCUCUGCCGACGCUUCUGCCGUUGGGCUCGGGGCAACGAUUAGCCACAAGUUCCCCGACGGCACAAUCAAAGUCGUCCAACAUGCUUCCAGAGCACUCACAAAAGCUGAACAAGGCUACAGCCAACCGGAUCGUGAAGGUUUAGCUAUCGUCUUCGCCGUCACGAAGUUUCACAAAAUGCUCUUCGGACGGCACUUUCGUUUGAAAACCAACCACCAGCCUUUGCUCCGUAUCUUUGGUUCUAAAAAGGGAAUACCGGUCUACACAGCCAACCGCCUCCAACGAUUUGCGCUCAAUCUACUGCUGUACGAUUUUGACAUCGAGUACGUGCCCACCCACAAGUUCGGCGACGCAGACUUACUCUCGAGGUUGAUCAACCAGCACGUCAAACCCGAUGAGGACUAUAUCAUCGCCAGCAUCAACCUGGAAGAGGACCUCAGACAGGAAUCACUCUCCGUGGUAGAUGGGUGCAUCAUGUUUGCCGAACGGCUCGUCAUCCCGUCGCUCCAUCGCAAGCGAUGCCUCGAACAGCUCCAUUGUGGCCAUCCUGGUAUGCAGCGUAUGAAGGCCCUCGCUCGAAGCUACGUGUAUUGGCCCAGUUUGGAUGCUGACAUCAUCAACUUCGUCAAGGCAUGCCAACACUGUGCGGCCGUAGCCAGGUCACCUCCUCACUUUCCACCGGUGCCGUGGCCCAAGCAGACCGUUCCGUGGCAGCGCGUCCACGUGGAUUAUGCCGGUCCAAUCGAAGGCGAAUAUUACCUGAUCGCCGUCGACUCCUUCUCCAAGUGGCCAGAAAUCAUUCAAACGUCCCGUAUAACCUCGGCGGCAACCAUCAGCAUUCUCGGUGGGUUGUUUGCUCGGUUGGGUAUGCCUGUUACACUAGUCAGCGACAACGGAACCCAAUUCACGAGCGCUGAAUUCGCAGAUUUCUGCGCCUCAAACGGCAUCGAACACCCCACAACUGCUCCGUUUCAUCCACAAUCAAAUGGCCAAGCUGAACGAUUUGUUGACUCGUUCAAAAGGGCUGUUACAAAAAUUCGAGAGGGGAGAGGGUCGAUACAGCAAGCGUUAGACAUAUUCCUGUUAACGUACCGAAGUACACCCAACCGGGCACUGCCAGACCAAAAGUCGCCGUCCGAGGUCAUGUUUGGUCGUAAAAUACGUAUGGGUAUAACGUAUGGGUCGAUGAUCGCCGAAUGCUGCGUUCCCAUAUCAACCAACUCCGGAGUCGCCUAG